AUGCCACCGAUCGACAAUGUAAUGGUCCAAAAUGUACGAAAAAUUAUGGGACGAGACCAGAUAAGAAUGCGUAGCACGGGCAAAGUGGAUGUCGAAAAACUUGCAGAAGCUAUCUCAGUUGAAUGCGGAACCACUUGCUCGUGUGAUUCGAACUGCCCGAGCAGAUAUGCAGAGCGCGGUAGGAAGGUCCCACUUGUUGUGAUGUAUACGACGACGAAGGGAUGGAGUGUUUUUGCGCCACAAAUUAUUCCAGCUGGGACAUUUCUUGGAACGUAUACUGGCGAGCAUCAAAUACCGGGUACAAAGCAGUAUGUUGUCGAUGCGUCACGGAUGGGAAACGAAACGCGCUAUUUCAAUCACGCUUGUGGUGAUGCAGCUAACCUGAAAGCAGUGUCGCUUCUGUCCCGCGGCAAUCUGCUCACUAAUAAUAUGCUGUUCUUUACAAAGCGAAUGAUCCUGAAAGGUGAAGAACUCACAUUCUCUUAUCGUGGUAAAGACGCCGAGGAACAAAAGAACGGCAUCCGAUGCUUGUAA